AUGUUCGCCGCCGUUCCCAAGACUCAGCUGUUGCGCUCCAUCGCUGCUCGCUCUUACGCGUCCCAGGCCUCGCAGGCGACCCAAGCCGCUGUGCAGCCGAUCGUCGAGAGUCAGUUGGCGUUUGAACUGAUGUUUACUCUUGGGGCCUUUGGCUGAUCGUGACCUUUGGCGAAUUCAACCGACAGACAAGCCAGGAUCUCAAUUCGCUCCUUUCCAAUGGCAGGACCCGCUCAAGAUCGAGUCGACGUUGCUGAGCGAGGACGAGCAGUCCAUCAUGUCAGUCUCGAGACUUCUUGCGCCGACGUGGUCCCCGGACGCUCUCGGCAAAUCGCGGGGCGCCUCCACGCGUGUCCGAGUCGACUCUGUGGCCGGGGCAGUUCAGCUGAAACUGGUGCAUGCUUUACGGACCAUACCACAUGGCGCAAUUUGUAAACAGGGAGACCGCUCGAGAGUACUGCAAGGAACAGUUGGCUCCUCGCGUGCUCGAGGCGUACCGAAAUGAGAGUGAGUGACGGUGGAACUCGUGUGGAACGGCGUGGGCCGAAGGACAACACCGAACCUGACGUCUUUCAACUUUUGUUCAGACUUCGACCGCGAGAUUCUGAGCGAGAUGGUGCGUGAACACCAUGGAUUUCUCGAUGAAACUGGUCGCUCUCGAGCUGACCUGGACGUUGACUUGCGUAGGGAGACCUCGGUUUGCUCGGCGCGACGAUCAAGACCCACGGGUGCGCAGGCAUCAGUUCGGUCGGCUAUGGAUUGAUUGCACGAGAAGUCGAGCGAGUCGAUUCGGGUUACCGCUCUGCCAUGUCGGUCCAAUCUUCUCUCGUCAUGCACCCGAUCAACACCUUCGGCUCUCAAGAGCUCAAGGACAAGUUCUUGCCCGACUUGGCCAAGGGCAAAAAGGUCGGAUGCUUCGGUUUGACCGAGCCCGACCAUGGAUCCGACCCUGCUGGAAUGACGACCGAGGCGACCGAAGUUGACGGUGGCUUUUCACUCACCGGUGCCAAGACGUGGAUCUCGAACUCGCCCAUCGCCGAUGUCUUUGUGGUGUGGGCCAAGUGCAAGUGGGACGGCAAGAUCCGUGGUUUCGUGAUGGAGAAGGUAAGGGCUUUUCUUAAAAUCCACUUCGCGAAAGCCAACUGUGAGUAUCUGACUCGCCAACUCGGUUGAUUGGUUGCUUGAUCGCAGGGAAUGAAAGGUCUUUCGGCUCCUCAAAUCAAGAACAAGCUGUCGCUUCGCGCGUCGAUCACUGGAUCCAUCUUCAUGGAUGGUGUCAAGGUCCCGCAUGGCAACGUUUUGGACGUGACAGGUCUCAAGGGACCCUUUUCGUGUCUCAAGUGAGUGCGCCGAGUCGAUGAAUUGAUCACUUUAUGGCGGACUAACGUCUGAAGUACUCUCCGUUUUCCCAGCAACGCUCGAUUCGGUAUCUCGUUCGGUGUCAUCGGUGCUUUGGAGGAGGCGAUCGAGCUCUCGAGAUCGUACGCGUUGGAGAGGUGCGUUAGGCUCGCUCGGUGUCCCCAGCCCGACAUAAUCUGCGCUUACAGUUCACAUAUUGGAUGUAAAACAUUCGUAGGAAGCAAUUCGGCAAGCCCAUCGCUUCGUUCCAGCUUAUACAGAAGAAGCUCGCCGACGCGAGCUCAGAAGCAGCUCGUACGUCCUUCGUCCACCUGAGGUAAUGAAUUUUUCUGGUGUCGUGGAAGCUAAUCUCUUUCCUCGUUAUCAGUCGGUCUCAUCGCGUCCAUUCAGCUCGGCCGACUGAAGGACGCUGGCAACUGGUCACGUGAGUUCCGAGGGACCACUAUGCGACAAACUCAAGACUUGGGACUGACGAGCCGUGUUUUGUACAGCCGAGAUGGUCUCGUUGAUGAAGCGCAACAACUGCUACAAGGCAACAGAGAAUACACGAACGUUAAUGGAAAUCUUCGGUGGAAACGCCUGCGCCGAUGAGUGAGUCGCGCCGCGCGAAAAUGCUGACCGCCUAGAUACAAUUCUGACCCUACGCAUUUCGAUAGGUACCACAUUGCUCGAAUCGCAUCCAAUCUUCACACUGUGUCGACCUAUGAGGGCGAGUCUGGCUUUCGAGAUCUGAUGGGACUCCUCCCUCUACCGGACGAGUGCUCACCGGCUUUUUGAGUCUUGUGCAGGCACAUACGACGUCCACGGCUUGAUCUUGGGCCGAGCCAUCACUGGCAUUCAGGCUUUCCAGUAA